AAAGCGACGUGAAAUAAUAAAAUAAUAAAAAAUAAGCUGUUGAUAUGUAAACCUAACAAAAUACCCACAUUUUGACAUUCCUCUGCAACGCGCCUGUGUCCGCCACACGUCUGACGUCUCUUUCCACUUCUCCGGUUGGUCUCCAUAUUUCUCGAGUUAGUUACGACAAAUUGCUUUUAGAACAAGAAUCAAUGGAUUUUUUGUUCAAGGGAAUGAAUGAGGACCCAUCUGACUGCAACUUUGAUGAGAAGACGAUUCAGAGAUGCCCAUUCUUGAGGAACAUUAACAAGCCAACUAGCUUUUCAUUCUCUUCUGCGAAUUUUGCCAGUCCUGCGAGGGGAACCAAAGGUCCAAUAUUUGAAGAUGGUCCAAACUUUGAUACGGCAUUUAAGCUGUUUCAUGGGACAGAUGGGGUUGUUCCACUCGCAAACAGGUCUAGUUUCCAUAAUGACAAUUUGGAACCCAACUCUUCACCCCAGUUCAACCCCUUAGCAGCAAAAGCUGCUACUAUUAGUUUGUCUGCAUUUGGUCCUGGCGGACCCUUUGGCUUUGGUUCCUUCAGUGAUAAGUGGAAGAAUCAAAAGAAGAAAGCCGAAUCAACAAACAAGGGUGAAUCAUCUUCUCAGAAAGGAAAUGGCUCAAAACAUGAGGCCCUGGGAAAUGAGUGGUUAGAAACAGGCAACUGCCCAAUUGCCAAGUCUUAUAGAGCUGUGAGUGGUGUACUCCCACUUGUGGCAUCAACUCUUCGGCCACCACCUGGUGUGAAGCUUAGAUGUCCACCUGCUGUAGUUGCUGCAAGGGCAGCCCUGGCCAGAACUGCCCUGGUUAAAAACUUGCGACCGCAGCCACUACCAGCAAAGAUGCUUGUUAUUGCUCUUUUGGGCAUGGCAGUGAAUGUGCCUCUGGGCAUGUGGAAGGAACAUACUAAGAAGUUUUCACUUUCAUGGUUUGCAGCAGUGCAUGCAGCUGUGCCCUUCAUAGCUAUGCUUAGGAAGUCAGUUGUGAUGCCCAAAACUGCUAUGGCACUGACUAUUGGAGCUUCUAUCAUAGGACAGGUCAUUGGUUCUAGAGCUGAGAGGCACCGGCUGAAAGCAGUGGCUGAGAGGGAUAGAGUAGCAGCGAAGACAGCGAUUGCUGCCGCGGUUGCAGGGUAUAGUUCAACCCAGGUUAGUGGCAUUGCAGGCAGUCCCUGUGGUACAGAAGGGAGGAUAUGGGAUCCGCUCUGCAUCAAGGCAGCUAGGCCUACUCCAUCAUCAACUGAUGUCUGUUACUAACAUCACAGUCUGCAACCAGUAAUAGGGAAAAAAAACUACUAAGCACUGGGAAUAAAUAUAGGCAAUUCAACCUUCAGCACAUAUGUAUGAACUGUGCGUUUGUGAUGCUGUAUACGUAAUGAGUAAUUCAGCUUUACUAAUCAGUCCAAGUGCAGAAUUCAUUUCUUCCUUGGAUAAACAUAAAUGGCAGCAAUCAGAAUUUCUAUUUGUCGAGCAGUGUAAUGGUAUCAUACACAGUGAAGUUUACUCCACUUCAAAGGGGGAAUUCCACCUAUUAUGGCUUCCAUUAAUGUUUCCAGUGAAUUUAAAAAUGCUAAUUCCUCACCAUAA